GUUCAGGGACCUUUUAUGUUUUUUUUUUCCGUGUUUGAAAGUUGUCAACAGAAGAAGCCGAGCUGCUUCUAACCGACAGCUCGGAGGACCAGGAGGAGGAGGAAUGGGCUGCAGCCAGAGCAAGAAGAAAAGCAAAGGCAAGUCUGGAGAGAAGAACCAGAAACGGAAGCAGAGACGCCGAGAUGUCGCAGGUGAUCCGGACGUCUGCCUGCAGAAGCAGCUGGAGCGAUUUGAUUGGCAGCUGAGGAUUCUAAAGGAGGCCAAUGGGAACCCGGAGAGGGCGGAGCUUCUGAGGGAGCACGCCGACGAGGAGGUGUGCUCCCUCGUGCUGAGCAUCCUCAACAAGGUGAAGACGGAGACGGUUGCAGGUUUGAACGUCCUGCACCAACAGAAAAAUAAAACUGCAGCUGAAGAACACGAGAGGAACGUGGAAGAGCUGCAGAAAAAACAUGAAGAAGAGAAAACUGAACUGACUGAAACAUUUCAGGCUGCAGAAAACAUCCUCAAGGGUAAAGUGGACCAGCUUUCUGCAGAACUGCAUGCUUAUAACGAGCUGAGGAGGAGGGUGGCAGAGUCAACGUUCAAGAAAGACCUGCAGAGGAACAUAAAGGCCCAUGGCAGCCCUGGUGCAUUCUGGGAGUCCGAGCAGGAGUCUCUGCUGUUUGUGAUCGAGAUGAAGAGUGAGCGUGUGCAGGAUCAGACCAGGAAGCUGCUGCAGAUGGAAGAUCUGGUGGAGAAGAAUCUGGCUCUGGAGGAUCAGAUCAUCAACGUCCUGCAGCAGAACGAGGACCUGAGGGUCCGGAUAGAUAACUGCCAGACCUUCAUUCAGCAGCUAUCGAAGGAGCAGCAGGACGUGAAGGUGACGCUGGAGAGGCAGGCGGUGAUUAACCAGAACCUUUCUCAGGAGAAAGAGCAGCUCAUGUUCAAACUGAGGCACAGAGACUCGUGUCCCACCAUCCACCUGCCCGUCAUGAUGCAGGAGAUCGCGCCCAGAUGAUCCCCGGCGUCGCUUCAUGCAGCAGGGAUGCAAACUUGUCAUAGUAACAAUAUCUUUUAUUGCAGGGUGUUAUUUUUUUAAUGAUGCGCGAGCUGUGUGCCAGAGUCGUCCUGUCUGUCGGCUAAACUCCGCCGCUACGGGAUGACGGUCAAACUCCGGGAGCCACUUUACCUGCAGGUGCGUUCGUAAACAGUCACUCUGACACAGACGGACCGCUGGUGAGCUGGCAGAGCUGUGGGAACGGUAUGAACGGGCUGUUCGGUACUCGGAUCAGAGCUCAGUGUCCGUUCGAGGGCGUUGUGAUGAGGAGGGUGUCAAUAAGCAUCCUGGAGAUCCUGUGAUUUAUAGUAUACCCUGUCAGGUUUCCCUCUGAUUUCAAAGAAGGACCUUUUAAUGUUUGUCUGAAGUUAAUUACUGCAGUUAUAUCUGAUUAUUUAAACCCAAAAUAAACAGAUAUUGGUUUGCAUUUAUGGCAAUUAAUAGAUGAAAAGCAUGCUGGAAUAACUUCAUAAUGACACCAAUUUGUAAAAAGUCUGUACUCGUGCUCUAUCAGGUCUUUCCAACAUUUAAAAUGCUUGUUUUGUGAAUGGAGUUUGGGACAUCACGGCAAUGCUUUCCUGACCUUUUAGCUGCUCUAUCAACAUUCAAGUAACAUAAUUUGGGCAUAAAUACAGGAGCAACGUUAUUGUUCAUACCAUAAAUAGUUGAAUGUUUAAAUACAGAAUCUAGUCUCUAGACUAUUAUGGGCUAAUUCUGUAGAGCUGAUAGGCUUUCCGGAAUUUACCCAAAUGUGUUACUCUCACUCAAAAUCUAAAAAAAUGCAAUCUAUAUUCCUGGAUUUCUUCUCACAGUUCAAGUAAACCUUGAGGAUUCACAAACUUGUCAUCAAACUAAACUAAGCGGAACUGUGCUGAACCUAUUUCCCGAGUUUUGUUCGAACCAGAUGCCAAAUCUUGUCUUUUAUUCUAGUCUCUUAGCUUUUACUCAUUUCCUGUUGGUGCCUUGCUUUAGGUUGUCACAACUUUAUCACAUAUUGAUGUUGCUGGAGUCGACUGAUGCAUUUUAAUGUAAAGUUAGCUGUUCAUUGCUGCUGUUAAGGGAAGACACCACUUCACUUUCAGUGUCAAAUGUAUAUACAUGGUAUUCAGGAGCUGGCCAUUGACCCUGUUUAUAUUUUGGGGCUUUUAAAUUGUUUUAUGAGACUCAUAAUGAUGUUAACUUUUGUUAUUGAUUCAAUUCUACAAGCAGGUUUAGCAGGUAUAACCCAUACUUCAGUGUAUACCUCUAGAACAAAUGAAAAACCCCUGUGAGAUUUCCUGUACGUUGAGAUUUUGGCAAACGUUAGCAUUUGAACUUGCUAAAAUACUUCUCCCGUCAGAAGUGGAAACGUGUUACUUUUAGCAAGCUACCGUUAGCAUGUUAGCAUUUCACUUGGAGGGCUACCAUUCUUUACCCCGUAAGCACAGAUUGUUUUAUUUAGUAAAAGAAGUACUCUUAAUGAAACCUCAUGAUAACUCUUUUAAAUUAGUGUUUUGCUCCCGCAAUGAAUGCUCAUAAAUGCAGACUCGUUUUCUUCGUUUUAUUUGAAGCUACGACGCUGCAGAAAAAAACGCCUCCAGAACAAAUCCUUUGGAAACCUUGUGAGUUUGAGAAUUAAGAAAACAUUGCAGACUAAAGGUUGGACGCUAAAUCCCACCUUGUUAACAUCCAUUACGUGGUCAAAUGCAUGUUGACCAUUGGCACGUUAGCAUUUAGUGCACAUUUCAGCUCAAGCACACCUUAAGUUCAAUUUAAUUUUUAGCUCUUCUAGUGGAAAUCUUAGAAUCACAGUGUUGUUUUCACCAUCAAACAGCUUUGUGUGUCUCAGUGUGUGUGUUUUAGCCUCAAAUCCUAGCACUAGGGUUUGUUGAUGCAGUUAACUCAUAGCGGGCUAUUUGGCAAGCUACUGUUAGCUUGUUAGCUAACUAAUAUAUGCUAGCUUGCCAUUAUCAGUCUGGCAUGAGUAAGCUGGGUUUUUAGCUAACAAGCUCAUUAGCUCAGUCAUAAACCAGACUCUCAGUUUAACUAGAUGACUCCUGUCAGACAGCUGCAUUCAAUUCUACAGCUAAAGGCUAAUUUUGCUAAGUGACUCAGCAUAUUUGAUCGCUUCCGCCAUUUUGAUCUUUUAGCUAGCUUUGUUUCUUCGAACACUGUUAGCAGCCAAACAAUGAAGCGCGGUUUUCUUUUCGGUGUUUUCACUUUCAUGCAUCCAUUUUUAACAGCAUUUAUACAGAGAUCAAUGUAAUUUUAAUUGCUGGUUUCACUGGAAUCUCAAUCUGAGUUAAUCAUUGACAGUCAUCGAGGUUUUUUUUACUGUCACCCAACAAUAAUCGCUGUACAGGUUUUGCCUUUAAGUUUGAUAACUGUCAUAUAUACCUUUUUAAAGAUGUGAAAUCUAUUGCUCUGUUUUUGUAUUUUUCCUUUCUGUUAACUUGACAAUGCAUUUAUGGGAUGUUACGUUUGUAUUGCCAAAAAAACACGUCAGUAUUUUGACAGCUCUUUCUCCUUAUGCACUAGCACUUUGACCAGUAUUUUACCGGGGUUUGUAUAAGAGAGAUUUUCACAUGUUGUACAGGUACUUUUUUUGUGCUACUUCCUUGUUAAAACUAAUCUUUUCUGAGUUGGAUUUAAUUCCAGCUGUUUGUUGUUUUUUUUCUUCGCUUGACUAAAUAAAAAGCUGCAACUAAAACUGA